UUUAUAGAGAGCGGACAGUAGCGGCUCAGUUCAGUCUCCGGCAGGCGGAGGGACAGGAGUGAUCGGCGGCUGUGGAUUGUUCUGUUUCUCCCCCCCUCUCCUGGCUCUGUCUAUGAAGCUCCGUUUCCCGAGUUUUACCAGGCUUCAGGACCUCUCUCGCUUGCUCUGCUGCUCCCCGGACUCUUCUUCUUCCUCUUCUUCUCCUCCUCCGGUUUGUGUGUUCUUCCCCGGCAUGGAGAAGUAUCUGCCCCUGCUGCUGGCGGAGAGGGACGCCCUGGACCCCUCCUUCACUCAUGCGCUCAGGAUGGUGACUGAAGAUCAGCUGAAAACUUCAUACGAUGCCCCUCCAAGCAAGACUGACUCACUUCCUGAGGAAGGCCUCAAAUCAGGCACACUUGACAGCACUCAAGAGGCCACCAAGACCCAACAGCAGCCUCCUUUAAUCAAGCAUGCAGCGAAAAUGAUUCUUACACUGCUGGACUCCAUUACAGAAAUUGAAAAAAUACAGAAGGGGGAGGAGGACGACGACUCGGACAGCAACGAAGACCAAUAUAUUGAUGUGGUGAUUAAUAAAAACAUGAAGGUGGCACAAAAAGUACUCAUUCCCAUUAAACAGUUUCCUAAAUUUAACUUUGUUGGUAAACUCUUGGGUCCGCGUGGUAAUUCUCUGAAAAGAUUGCAAGAAGACACACUGACGAAGAUGUCCAUACUGGGCAAGGGGUCCAUGAGGGAUAAAGCUAAGGAGGAAGAGCUCCGAAAAAGUGGAGAAGCAAAAUACUUUCAUCUUAAUGAUGACCUUCAUGUGCUCAUUGAGGUCUUUGCUCCUCCGGCAGAAGCCUACGCAAGGAUGGGGCAUGCUUUGGAAGAAAUCAAGAAGUUCCUUAUUCCUGACUACAAUGAUGAAAUUAGACAGGCACAGCUGCAGGAACUCACUUACCUGAAUGGCGGAUCGGAAAAUGCAGAAGUCCCAGGUGGUCGCGGGAAGCAGUCUGUUCGCCCUCGGGGGGCACCCGUAUCUGCGUUGGCAAGGAGCCGUGGAGGAGUGCCACCCGCUUCUGCAGGAGUACCAAGAGGGGCACCAGCUCCCAGAGGAGUCACCCCUGCCAGGGUCCCAUCUAUAAGAGCUCGGGGAAUAUUGGCCACACGAGCAAGAGGACUACCUCCUCCCGCUGGUUAUCGACCACCACUGCCAGCACAGGACACAUAUGAAGAAUAUGAAUACGAUGAUGGAUAUGGAACGGCAUAUGACGAACAAAGUUACGAGUCUUACGAUGACAGCUACACUUCUCAAGUUCAGAGCACUGGAGAUUAUUAUGAAUAUGGACAUGGAGGUGAGGAAUCAUAUGACUCAUAUGGGCAAGAAGAUUGGUCAAACAACAGACAUAAGGUCGUUUCUUCAAGAGCCACAAAAGGAGCCUUCAGAGAUCAACCAUAUGCAAGAUACUGAUUGUACAGUCUGACGUGAAUUAAACCUUCUCCAGCCCUGUUUACUGUUCAAAGUAAUUUUUUCUACGAAAGCUCAUUCCCUUUUUAUUAAAACCGUUCUAAACCUGAAUGGAUGGACUGAAACUAAACCAAUGUUUUCUUUUUAUCAUUGAAAAAAAAAAAAAAACAACAAAUGAACAAAAAACAUUGUAAACCAACCUUGUUAUCUAGUCUGUAUUUGAAAAUAGGUGGUCAAAAGGAUGAAUUAACUAUAACUAGUGUUAAACCAGUUAGAUUGACUAAACAUGUUAAUCCAUUCUUUAAUAUAAGCGUAACCUUUAUUUUUAUUUUAAAGGAUUUCCUGAGAAACAUUAAUGCCGCUUUAUUUUAACAGUUUGUUACUUUUUUCUUGUAAAUCUGCAUAAAUGAAAAAAACAAACGAAAAAAUCACAAUUGCAAAUAAUGUCGUAUCUUUUUGUAAUAAGUCUUGAAAUGUACUGUAGUGUUGAGCAAAAUUUACUGUUGCUUAAUACUAAUAAACUUUUGAAAGAAAAAGUGUGUGUGAAAUAGUAAUUUAUGAACUGUCCUAAAAAAAACUUAUAAAUAGCGGUAAACCGAAAACAAAAUCUAAAGCUGAUAUCUAUAAAUGGUUGACAAACACUCUAUGGUUUGUCUUAAAAUUUGGUAUAAAAACUAAAUAUACUUUGACUAUAUGAUGGUAGGAUUUAAAUGCUUGUCUAAAGGACUCAAAUGGUAUGGGUUUGCUUAACGGCCACAUUAAAACUAUGCGGGAAAAAAAAAUAAUGUAUUUAAAAUGGUUUUAAAUUAGAGUCUGAGUUUUCUGGAAAAAAUGUGACUAGUUUUGAUUUUGUUGAGCAUUUUUUCACUAGUGCAACUUUGGAAUUUAAAAGAAUUUUGGUUCCUAAUUGAGAACUUCGAACCAUGAUGGGAACAAAUAGCACAAAGCUUAAAAGACUCUCUGACUUGACUAAUUGAGGUCGCUUUCAUCCGUGGCAGAGGAUGCGUAACCCUUAAAACGAUCUUCGUUUGCAAAGGAAGCAGGUAAAACACUUGCUGAAGAACAGGACGGAAAACAAUGAACAUUAAAACAUUUUGGGACUCCUCCUUCCACCCUCCAUCCAGGCAGCUUCAGGAACGCUCAAUACUCACCAAUGUGCCUACAAGAAGAUACAUUGCUUGGAAAAGACGCAUCAUUAUUUUCUUCCAGCAUAAAGGGAUCUAGACCUGUACAUUAUAAAUGAUAGGAUUUUGCCAGUGAUUUCUCUUCUAAGAAUUAUUAAAUAUCCUCUUUUCAAUAA